AUGUCAUCUGAUCUCUGCCCAGUCUACUCGCCCUUCUUUGGUGCCAUGGGCUGCGUAUCAGCUAUUGCCCUCACCACACUUGGCGCGGCCUACGGCACAGCGAAGUCCGGUGUAGGUGUCAUGGCUGCGGGCGUCUUGCGACCAGACCAGACCAUCAGAUGCUUGAUGCCCAUUCUGAUGGCCGGAAUCGUUGCAAUCUACGGCCUUGUCAUCUCCAUCCUCAUCUCGUACGGAAUCUCGACUCGGCCUACGCACCUUGCGACGAGCUUCGCGCAAUUGGGCGCCGGUCUCUCUGUCGGGCUGGCGGGGUUGGCGUCCGGCUUCAGCAUUGGCAUCUGUGGCGACGCUGGUGCACGUGCCACGGCUCAGCAACCCCGUCUAUAUACCGCCAUGAUGUUGAUACUCAUUUUCGCCGAGGUCCUCGGGCUUUAUGGCAUGAUUGUCGCCAUGCUCUUGCUGGGACGAGGUGGAGAUGGGACGGGAUGCUAG